AAAAACAACUUGUGAACAAGAAAGGGGAUGGGAUUAUUCGACUUGGAGUCGAAUUACGCCUCCUUUGCCGCGUAUCACAGAAACCCCAUUAACAUCUUCAUUCACAUGAUCCUCACGUGGCCUACCGUCUUCACGGCCUCGGUUCUUCUGUAUUUCACGCCGCCUCUCAUUGCGCACUCGCCAAUUCAAUUGGUGAAUGGCGGCGCCUACGUGGUGCUCAAUUAUGGCUUUUUCAUGACCCUCAUUUACGCGCUCUAUUACGUGAUUUUGGAUAGGAGAGCGGGGUCGCUCGCGGCGCUACUGUGCUUCCUUGGCUGGAUCGGAAGCAGCGUUCUCGGCCGCAGCCUCGGAUUUUCGUUGGCUUGGAAGGUUGUUCUUGCAUCGCAGAUACUAUGCUGGAGUGGUCUGUUCAUUGGCCAUGCAGUAUUUGAGAAGCGUGCGCCUGCUAUAUUCGACAACUUCGCACAAGCAACUCUUAUGGGGUCUUUCUUUGUGUUGCUUGAGAUUUUGCGGUCCUGCUUCGGGUAUGAACCAUACCCCGGCUUUCAUGCCAAAGUGAAAGUCAAAAUUGAUGCCGAAGUUAAAGCUUGGAACGAUGCCAAACUCAAGAAAGCUUAUUGAAGCG